CAGUCAGACCCGUCACAGCACUCGCUCGAGUCCUCGGAAACCUCAAGAAAAGCCAAUACUAAGGAGACUUGCAGUUCUUGAAGUUGAUCCGAAGACAAACCGUUAAUCUCGCUUCGGGCGACAGACAUAUUCGACGUGGCAAUGCCUUGCCACUAGACGAACCUGCCAUAAGAGCAGAGGAUACCAUGUACUGUCCAUAAAUAUUACGCAAUACGCGGGAACAGAACUUUCGAGACGUCAGAGGCGGCUGGAGCGCUUGAAACCAACCAAUCUGUGAUCUAUAAAGUAUCAGUGAAGACAGUACAGUGACACGUGCGGUGAUCCUGAGGGAAACUUUCACGGACGAUAUUAAACAGUGAGCCAGUGUCCUGACUAGUGAACCUUGGCAGACUAGAAACGUGACAAGUGUGACUCUGUGCACUUUCACAAGUAUGACAGCAGAGGAUUAACAUCGCCAUUCGCCAAAUUUCAUCGUUCAACCGUCACGAGAGAGACAACAAGGGAAAGAUUUAAAAGACCGAAAGAUGAGCGUAGCUCUCGUGACAAUGGACUCCGCGUAUGGCCUUCGACUGGGAAUUGGCAGCCACCACCAUCAUCAUCACCAUCACCAUCAUCAUCGGGUGCGCUCGCCCGAGAGUCACGUGGUUCCUCAUCAAGAUCAACAACCAGAUCAAAAAGAUGACAUCGAAGUACCAUUGAGAUUCAGCGUGGUAAAUAUUCUCAGACCGGAUUUUGGUCGAGAGGCGAUUCUCAACACGAAAGCACCGAAACAGACCAAUUUGGGGGCCGAUCAUUCGACGACAAUCCCAAUUCCGAUUCCUCGUAACAGUCCUCUUUCUCUGCCACGUGAUUUGAGCCUGUCGUCGAGCCAAUUGUCACCCACGAGGCCACAGCCUAGCAGUUUCUCCGUGCACAGAGAAAGGGAUCUGUUCUCUUCUCACUGCGGGCUGACAUCACCCCUUCAGAGGAGCACUGGCCUCAGCAGAAGCGGAAGUCUCGAGAGCUUGGCCAGCAGCAGAAGCUCGGUUACCGGAAGCUCCGUUACCGGAGCACCUUCAUUGGGUUCCACGUCCUCUACCAUUGGCAGCGACUCCUCAAGCGGAGACAGCAGUUCCGGAAAUACGUCUAAUGCCACCGCCAACCCAACUGGACUCAACGGACAAAGUCCCUGGCCUGCGUGGGUUUACUGUACCAGAUACUCCGACAGACCUUCUUCCGGACCGCGAACGAGGAGGGUGAAACGAUCGCAGAACGGGAAGAACGGCUCGCCGGAAGAGAAGAGACCGAGAACGGCGUUCAGCGCGGAGCAACUGGCCAGGCUGAAGAGGGAAUUCGCGGAAAAUCGAUACCUGACCGAGAGAAGGCGGCAGCAGCUCUCCCGAGACCUGGGCUUGAACGAGGCGCAGAUUAAGAUCUGGUUCCAGAACAAAAGGGCAAAAAUCAAGAAGGCCAGCGGGCAGAAAAAUCCGCUGGCUCUUCAAUUGAUGGCCCAAGGCCUGUACAAUCACUCGACGGUGCCCGUUGACGAAGACGGCGAGGAAGUCGUGACUGGAAGCAAUCAUUCGCACUAAUGACGAGCAACGUGUCCUCGAGAGAGUCGUUCGUCGUUCCCGAGAAAUUUUAUACGUACACCAACAACCGCGUCGCAACAACGUUUCCAGCCGCGAUCGAAACGAUCGCGAAAUGAUCGGGCACCGCGAUUUGAAAUCGAUCGCGUGAUCACGGGAUUUUCGUACGGAAGCGUUUAAAUGGGAAACGGAAGUAGAAAAUGCGACUUCGAACGAUCCACGACAAUACUUACCAGAACGACAGGAUCUUGAUCUGAUUUUACGUAGCUAUGCUAAGCGAUUACCAAAUAAUUUUCUACUUUAGCUUAGACGUAGCUGCAGCGAUGCUUCUUGAAACAGAGCAAUCUGGAGCGAUUUGUAAAUCAGCGAAAGAGAUAGAUAGAUAGAUAGAUAGAGAGAGAGAGAAAUCACUCGCGUUUUUUCGUACGAUCACAGACUGAAUCCUUACAUUUAUCGGCUACAAGUAUGUUAUAUCGACAUAUAUAUGAUUCCAGUACGCACGAGCCCCGGUACGAUUACUUACCUUACAUUAGAUUUAAAUUAUUUAUUUCCCUUGUAUAUAAUUGUAAAUACGACGUGGUCGUGAUGUGUAUAUGUAUAUAAUUUUUAAUUGCCGAGCAAAGACUAUGCACCGUAUCAUUGUGUAGGUGUGUACGGAUCGCGUGAAUACGAAAAGGAUCUCACAUUGUAUGUAUAUUUCUAACUAUCGUGCGAGUCUAUAUAGCAGCCUAUAUAGAUCUCUCCCUACGUAGGUACACAUAUCUAUUAUGUAGACAGAUUUGGAAAAGUACGCGGUCGAUAUAAUCUAUGUAACCCGCUUACAUGUUGCC